GUGGUAAGUUUGUUAUUUUAGCGGGUAUGAGCUUUUAGCUGAAAUAUGCAUUUUAAGAUAUUUAACGGCAGAUGAAAGCGGCGAUUUUGAAACGUAAAGGGAUAGUUUGCUGGCGCAGUGUAUUUUUCUCAAAGGACCAUCGCACACAUGGACUCUCAGAAAGAUCUCCAGCCGCCCAAACAGCAGCCUAUGAUUUACAUCUGUGGAGAGUGCCACACAGAAAAUGAGAUCAAGGCCCGGGAUCCCAUCAGGUGUAGAGAGUGUGGCUACAGGAUCAUGUACAAGAAGAGGACGAAACGCCUGGUUGUGUUUGAUGCUCGAUGAACUCAAGUUCUUCUCUUCCUGGUUUCACAUCAGUUGUAUGUUGUUCUGUCAUGUAAAUAACUUGGAAAGUGAAGAAAGGGCGUUUUACAUGCGAUGCUGUACAUGUAGAGGCUUAAAGACUGGACUCUGGCAGCCACCGAUGUUCUGCUCCUGACUGCGGGCUGAGCCGACAAGCCGGACUGCAGAACACACUGGGAGGCCAGGAAGCGGUUCUGCAGCAGUUUAUUCUGAAUGCUUGUUUGCAAUAAAUGUUUUGAUUUCAUA